AUGAGUUAUGUUGGGCAAGAAGAACAGUCCGCUACGAUUACGAUUACGGGAAUGUAUUCCCAAUUAGCGAUCAAUACCGCCUUAGGUUUUGGAACUCUAAUAAUAUUUGGAUUUCUUAGACCUAGGAAUGGGAUUGUAUAUGCACCAAAACAAAAAUAUUCUCCAGAAAAAAAACAACCACCAAAGCUUAAAUCAGGCCUUUUCUCUUGGAUUAAACCAGUAAUCAGUGUAUCAGAAUCACAGUUAAUAGAAAAAAUUGGUCUAGAUGCUUUACAAUGGUUUUGGAUUCAUGCUGUUUUCACUUGGAUAUUUUCUGCCCUUAUAUAUUGGCUCGUUUAUAAACAAUAUAGGGAUUAUGCUGAAUUAAAAAUGAAUUAUUUCGAAUCUGAUGAAUAUCAAACUUCUUUACAUUCAAGAACAUUAUUGGUCACCAACGUUCCACACUCUAUGCAAUCUGAUCAAGGUUUAUUAAAGCUUAUGGACUCCUUCAAUGUCAAAUAUCCAAUUUCACAAGCACAUAUAGCUAGAAAAGUAGGGAAAUUGCCUGAAUUACUCAAGAAGCAUGAAGUUGCUGUUCGGAAAUUGGAAUCAGUUUUAGUUAAAUACCUGAAUGAUCCGGAAAAUCUUCCAGAAGCACGACCGACCCAUCACAUUGAAGGUUUAUGCGGGCCUUCUAUUGAUAGCAUUGAAUGUUAUACUCAAGAAAUUCAGUCCCUUGAAAAUCAAAUAUUUGAAUGUCGUAAUGCGAUAUCGGAUAGAAAGCCAUUAAACUAUGGUUUUGUUUCUUUUAUUAACAUUCCUGAUGCCCAUAAGGUUGCCAAAGACCUUAGAGAUAAAUCAAUUAUUCAACGAACUCAACAUGUUGUUACUCCAAAAGUAAUGCUUGCUCCAUUACCAAAAGAUAUUAUAUGGAGUAAUUUAUCAAUAUCUGAUGCUAUCAGAGGACCAAAGAUACUUAUUGGUCAUGCUCUUUUCAUCGUACUAUGUUUUUUCUGGCUUGUUCCUAUAACUUUUAUAAUUACUUUGGCUCGAAUUAAAAACAUUGAAUACCUUCUUCCCUUUACAAAGGGUUUAAGUAAAAAUGGGGUUUUCUCUGGUGUAUUGGAAGCUUGGAUGAGCCCAAUUAUAAUGGCCGUAUUUUUCCUUAUAUUACCAUCUAUUCUUCGUCAACUUGCUAAACAACAAGGAAAAAUAACUAGAUCUUCACUUGAUCGGUCUACGCUCGGAAAAUUGUAUUUGUUUUUUAUGAUAAAUAGUAUUAUUAUUUAUACUUGCGCUUCAACAAUCGUUGGUGUAUGGACAGAAAUCAGGAUAAAGAUUGAUGAAGGUGAUGCGAACUUGAGAGAUAUUUAUAAUGUAAUCAAAAAAUCCAAUUUCUUUGAUGAAAUUGCGGAUUCGAUGAUCAAAGUUUCCACUUUUUGGAUCAAUUAUAUUUCUUUACGUGGUGUUGGAGCAAUAAUUGACUUGGCACAAGUUGCUUCCUUGAUGAUGAAGUUUAUAAAAAGAAGAUUCGUUAAACCUACUCCUCGAAAUCUUAAAGAAUUCUCACGUCCUCCGGACUUUGAUUAUCCUGAAUAUUAUAAUCUUCAUCUGUUUUUCUUUACCAUUGGAAUUCUUUAUAGUGUUAUUUCGCCUUUGAUCCUAUUCUUUUGUUUUGCUUAUUUUGCAUUGGCCUAUCUAAUAUAUCGUUAUCAAUUAAUGUAUGUUUUUACAACAAAAAUUGAAACGGCAGGAUCAUUUUGGCGAUUGAUUUUCAAUCGCAUUGUUUUCUCAACAAUUUUUUGGCAAAUUACGAUGAUUGGAGUGAUGAAUUUAAAAGAUGCCAGAAUUCAAUCUUUUGCUAUUCUACCACUUCCAUGUUUAACGGUAUUAUUUAAAGUGUUUUGUCAUCGUCAAUUUGACCAAAAAAUUCGAUAUUAUACACCCAGAGAAGCAUAUUUAGAAAGUUGUAAAACGAAUGACAGUAGAGAUCUCGAUCAUUUGCGUGAAAAAGUUUCCACAAGAUUUGGUCAUCCAUCAUUAACAGCUGAAAUAAUUACACCAAUGGUUCAUUCAAAUGCUAAAGACGCAUUAAGUAAGGUUUAUCGUGGACGAGUAAGUGAAACAAAAGAGAAUCGACGAGGGACUAUAAAAUCAAUGUCAAUGUUUGUCGACGGAAAUAAUGCAUUAAAGAUUCAAACAGUGGAAGAAAGUGAAUUGGAAGUUGAUGAAGAUGCAUAUCUUGACGAGCAGAAUCCAGGAUAUUACACAAAUUAUGAUGAACCACAAUUAGAUUCAUUACCUCAGAAUCAACAUCCAUCAGUUUCAACAGGUUAUGAUGCAUAUUAUUCACCUCCACCACCAUAUGUCAAAUUAGAUCAUAUGGAGUCACAAAAUUAUAGAUCAGAAUAA